AUGAGGAUUAUAUCAGAAUCGAGGGGCGGUCAGCCCGAAUUCAGAUCUUCAAACAAGGCCAUGUCAAACAAGUCCACUUGGGCAAAAACACUCGUAUAUCAAUCGGCAGCUUGGCCGAUGUUCAUGGGAUCAACAUUUGAAAAUAAGGACCAUCCGAAUAAGCAUCGCAUACUGUGCUGUUACAGGCCAACGACAUCGCAUGUAUCUGUGGGUGGCUGCACGGAAAAAUACAGCGCAUGGGCCGUCCGACAGGUACAACUCGUGCGCAUGUCAACAGCUCAAAGCUCAAACAGGGAUAAAAGUUCUAUCAGCAGCAACUGGGGCCACGUCGAAUGGUUUGUUAGUAGAAGGAUAAAGUACAUACAGUAUCAAACCGACAGCAACGGUGAGGGCAAAACUCAUGCCGACAAAGUCGACAACGAGUGGCCGACGGUUGGCUUGGGUUGUGUGCAGCCAGCAGCAGGAUUCAGGUGA